CCAUCUUGGAGGCGGGGACGCGCGGUGGCGAGUUCUUAGUUGCAUCUUCCUGGUCUUCUCGGAGCCGUAGUCUUACCCUCCGACGACCGCAGUUGCCGCGCAGGAACUGUCUCGGGACCGCAGAGUACACCAUAACUGAAGGAAAAUGAUGGAAGAGAGUGGAAUAGAGACGACACCACCUGGCACUCCUCCACCAAAUCCUGCAGGACUAGCUGCUGCUGUUAUGUCUUCUACACCAGUUCCUUUAGCUGCAACCAGUUCUUUUUCUUCUCCAAAUGUAUCCUCCAUGCAGUCCUUGCCACCCCAUGCAUACUCUACACCUCAGCCAUCCCUUCCUCCUGUGAAGCCUUCAGCACCUUUACCGUUUGUGGCUCCUUCACCAGUUCCUUCUGUCCCACCACUUGUUACUUCUGUACCCCCUUCUGUUUCUCCAUCAGCUGCUGCCAUCUUCGGUAGUCCUCCUAUAUCCCACUUCCCACCUUCAUCUUCUGCCCCAAGCACUCUUUUGUCUGCUGCCUCGUCAAGCCCUCCUACAUCAGGAUUUUCUGUUGGUUCAACUUAUGACAUUACAAAAGGUCAUGCAGGAAGAGCCCCCCAGACACCCCUGAUGCCAUCAUUUUCUGCACCUGCAGUAACAGGUAUUUUGCCAGCUCCUAUUACUCAGCAAGCCAGCUUGACGUCUGUGGCACAGGGAACUGGAACCACAUCAGCCAUUACCUUCCCAGAGGAACAAGAAGAUCCUAGAAUUGGGGGAGGUCAGGAUGAAGCAUCUGCUGGUGGAAUCUGGGGUUUUAUUAAGGGUGUGGCUGGGAAUCCUAUGGUGAAAUCGGUCCUUGAUAAAACCAAACAUUCGGUAGAAAGCAUGAUUACAACGCUGGAUCCUGGCAUGGCUCCAUAUAUCAAAUCUGGAGGUGAACUGGAUAUUGUAGUGACCUCAAAUAAAGAAGUAAAAGUUGCUGCUGUCCGAGAUGCUUUCCAGGAGGUUUUUGGCUUAGCUGUGGUGGUAGGGGAAGCUGGACAGUCCAACAUUGCACCACAACCAGUGGGCUAUGCAGCAGGAUUAAAAGGAGCCCAGGAACGGAUAGAUAGCUUACGUCGAACUGGAGUGAUUCAUGAAAAACAGACAGCUGUGUCAGUAGAAAACUUCAUUGCAGAAUUGCUACCUGACAAAUGGUUUGACAUUGGUUGUUUGAUAGUUGAAGAUCCUGUCCAUGGCAUUCAUCUAGAAACAUUUACACAAGCCACACCGGUGCCUUUGGAAUUUGUACGACAGGCUCAAAUUCUAACUCCCCAGGACUACAGUUUAAGGUGGUCAGGCCUUUUGGUAACAGUGGGUGAAGUCUUGGAAAAGAGUUUACUGAAUGUCAGCCGGACUGAUUGGCACCUGGCUUUUACUGGCAUGUCUCGCCGACAGAUGAUCUACAGUGCAGCCAAAGCACUAGCAGGCAUGUAUAAGCAGCGCCUACCACCCAGGACCUUGUGAGAGAAGACUGGUGUGGGAUACUGAGCCUUUUCCUCUCAGCUUGAUGUAAAAGAAGCUUUUGUACCUUCUUUAAGUUGAACAGCUGCAAUGAAUCCAGCUUUUAUAAUUUUCCUGUAGGCUCCAAUUUUUCUUUUUCUGGAAAGGCAUGAUGUUAUUCUAACAUGAAAAGGAACAGAUCCUUUUUAAAAUCAUAUAAUUUCAUAUACCAUAGUUCUCAGAAAAGAAAAUAUAUAAACAUUUAUAGCACAAUUUGAUAUAUCAAAUUUAUAAGGUGGAAAGUCAUGUGCUAGAACAUUUAAAUUAAUGAUAUAUACUUGAUUAUUUUGUUUUUUUAAGAAGACAUAGUUAAUUAAAAAAAUGUGUUUACUGAAUAGUAAAGCAUUGUUUCUUUCUAUUCCUGAUGAGUCUCUUCCCCGUCAGUCUGGGAAGCGUCUGUGUGCGCACAUGAUCUCAGGGCUGAUGCUGAGCGCUGUGCUCCACAGUUUGGCAUCACAGACUUGCCUGUAGGCAGAUGGUGUACCUUUCUAUGCAUACUUUUAACAACAUGGGCCAAAGUGAAUUGAGCAUUUUCUUUUUGUCAUCAUGUAUACAUAUAGGCUGAAAGAUUCUACUUUAUUGUCAUUUUUGGCAUCCAUAGAUUCCUACUAAGAUCGUCAGAGUACUGCAUUUUGUUUGUUCAUUGCUACGUGGUAACUAAGUGGCAAGUGAUUCUAGUAUAUUUUAAAUCAGAAGUAUUCAUGUUAUUUUGUUUAAUACUGUUCAACACUUCAAGUAUAAACUCUGACAGCAGCCAUUGGUUUUGUCCCACUCAUAUUCACCCAGCUGUGAUAGAGAAAUUUUGAGAGGGAAUUAUUGUUUAUGGGAUUGUAUGUCUCUUAGUUUAGUUAAGAUUACUCCUUAUUGGUUAGCCUUAAACACUACUUUUCUAAUUUUGUGCCAUUGCCAUUCUGUCAUUACUUUUUCUGGAAGUUUUCAAAGAACUAUUUUAUAUUCAAUCUAGUUUUUUUAGUCCAUUUUGUAUUUAGUGAAAGUUCCCCACCCAAUAAUAUAUUUUACCAUUUUUUGGAUUUAUAUAAAUCAAAUAAUUUUUCCCUUAUACUAUUCUAUAUCUGCAAGUUCAAAUAAACUUUUUGAAGAUAUUUUCUUGUAUAAAUGUAAUUUAAUUUUUAUUUACUCUUUACAAUUCUUGAGAUGUAAAAGGAUCAGCACAAUCCCUUGUAGUUUUAUGAAAGGUGUUGAAACUCUUAUCCUGCACUGCCUUUACAUGUAAAGUUUGCUUUGUAUUGAGAAUAUUAUUGCAAGUAGUUAUUUGAUUUCUGAUAUAUUUUACUUGAGGUUGAAAAGAAUAUUAAUUUUGCAAUCAUGGUAUAUGUUGAUUUCCAAACACUGCAUAAUGACUGUUCAGACAAAUUCAGGCCUCUUUGUCAUUACAAGUAAUGAGAGAAAGACAGAGCCAGUCGCAGUGGAACUUUUUUGCCCAAGAGUAAUAGGGACAGAACACUUUUUUUUCCUCUAUUGGUAUUUUUGGAAUAUUUUAUCUAUGCUUUCUUCACCUUGCAUGAGUAAGACAGAGAAGCCUUUUUCUACCAUUUGCUUCUACCUUUUAUCUUAAAAAAAAAAAAUUAAGAUUAUUUUAAUGUCAAAGCAAAAUAAUCGGAAUCACCCAUGAAAGUAAAUCAGAAGCUACCCUUUUCUAACAGUAUUUUGUCAUGGCAUUGACCUUAUGACAAGCACAACAGAGUCAUUCAUCAGGGAUUGAAGGAAUUUCUGCUAUCCCCACCGCCUCAUUAUAGCAGAUUUUUACAGGUUCUAGAAAUAUCGGAGUUUGUAUAUUCUUUUUAUUUUACUAAGUUUCACUUAUCUUAUUAUUUGUUGGUUUUGAGUGUUGUUUUAAUAGAAUCACAAACAUUGGUAACCAGACAUGUGAUGACUUUCCUAGAAUCUCCACAGAGCAAUGGCAGGGUUAUUCCAUGGCUUGGUCGAAGCCAGAUAAUUUUUCUGCACCUGGUAACCUGGUGAGCCUUCUGCUCUGUGUUGCUGUGUGAGUGGUGAGGAGGAUUAGAGGAGGGCAGAUGGAAGAGAAAUACGUGAACUGGUUCUGCCUCUCUGGUUGCUUUUUUGGCCCAGUUAUCUUUGGAAGGCAUCAGACCAUGGCUGACUCCACGUGCUCAGCUUUCCCAAUCUCUUAUUUAUUUUUUCAUCCUUGGUUUUUUCUCUGUUGUACACGAGACUAAGAAGAGGCAAGAAAAGUAACUCAUUAUCUCUAACACACCGUGGCAACUUUAUCCAGGCAGCCUUUUAGUGGUGGUAUUUAGGCAUAAAAUAUGCUAAUCAUUAAAUCUAAGGCACAGUUGCCUUUACCAAUUAUCUAACUCCUUCUCCCCCUUCUUUUCCCUUCCUGCCCAUUUGCUUAUAGCUCCCACACUAACAUUUAUUUACCUUUUUUUUUUUUUUGAGGGGGGCUCUAUUUCCUUUUUUCUCCCUCAAGCUUCUUGAGAAAACCUAUGUUUAACAUAGUUCUUUACCAAUGUUGUUUUGGUCUUUUUUGUUGUAUAGUUUCUCCUGAGGAGCUCCAGGAACUACUUACUGAAUUUUAUAAGCUUAUAUACACUUUCUUGUUUUAAUUAAAUAGUUCGAAAAAGAACAGGAAAGCUGCAGAAAGAGUAAAUUAACCGCAACCUCAGUUGACAGAAGGUUAUCAGAUUAUUCAGUUUAAGACCCUCCUACAUUUAAGUGAUUGAGGUAACCUUGGGCCUAGAACUGUGCCAUAGACUUCUGGAGUUGGAACAGUCUUAGUUCUCCCCUCUGAGUCUCUUGUCAUUAUACUUCCCCAGUCUUUGUUCUUUUAUUUCUCGAGGAUUAAUGAGAUAGAAAAUUGAGAUGGAUGAAUAUAGACAAAGAGAUAGACAGUCAUGUGUAGCUUAAUAUCCACUAUGCAUACUGUGAAAUAGGACGUUAUGUGAUUUCCACGUGUACAAACACAUUACAGGCAGUCCCCGAGUUACAGACAUCUGACUUAUAGACAACUCAUACUGAAUAACGGACUGCCAUAAAGCCUAUUAUAUUAAAAAUUUGAGUUAAAUACAUACAGUGGUUCAUAAUAAUGAACACAUGCACUACUUUGUAAUGUGUUUGAAAACACUGCAUGGUUUGCAGGUGUUUCUUAAGUGUUUUAUAUGCAUAAACAAACCCAUUGCGAGCUAGUCGAUUCCGAUUCAUAGUGACCCUAUAGGACAGAGUAGAACUGCCCCGUAGGUUUUCCAAGGAGUGGCUGGUGGACUUGAACUGCUGACCUUUUGGUUAGCAGCUGAGCUCUUAACCACUGCACCACCAGGGCUCUUUAUGUGCAUAGAAAGGUAAAAUAUGUACUAUACAGUAAGAUAAACGUUUGACUGAUGCUAAAUAAGAACCAUAUAUACCUAUUCCAGCUCACCUACAAAUUCGACACAAAGACAGACUUAUGAAUGGAUCUCGUUGGUAACUCAGGGACUGUCUGUAUACAAGAGAUACACAUGUCACAUGUGGGAAGUUGUGUUUGAUACAUCCAGUUACGUCUGCCACGUUCUGUUACUUGUGCUAAGUCCCAUUCUCCAGUCGGGAUUUCUGAUCUCUGUUAUAGCCCUUACAGGACCACGGGCAGAUAUACGGUCAGACAUUGCCCCAACAAAUGUUAUAUGGUGCGUGAUCGUAUAUGAGUAUAAAUGAAAGUGUUACGUACAUUUAUUCAAAAACUAUGCAAAUUAACAGUAUACUCAGGGUUCAACUAAAUUUCUUUAAUAUGUCGUUAAAUUUGCUUUGUUCCUUUACUAGAAAAAAUUCUAAGCAGGAAUUUGUGUUCCAUUACGCCAAAUUGAUGCUGUUUUAUGUUCUAGAAGAUGUUGAGUUAUCCAUAAAUUAUGAAGAGACUUGGAUAUUUUUAUUCCCAGUAUAUGGUAUUCAUUUUAAGUGGAUAAAACCAAUUUUCUAAGUAUGUAAAUAUGUUAUAAAUAAAUGAUAUUUUGGUUUCACAAAAGUGUAUAAUAAUUUUUUUAAAUGCCAAUUUAAUAUUAAUAUUGUAUGAGAUGGAUACAUUUUCCUUUUUUUCUGCGAACUGGUUAUUGGCUGCCAAGAAUUCUUGUAGAACAGCAACUUCAAAAUCCCAUUUUUCUAGUGGAACUGUAACAUUCAAAUAUACCAGACUUGCUAACUUCCAAUUUCAAAGAAGUAGAAUAUUUAGAGGAGAGGAUACAUUGGAGAUAGGGGCAGUAGGCAACAAGUUAAGUAAGGCCUGUGUACGUAAAGAGACAGUAAUUUACCCUUGACCUCCAGAAGUGUCUUUUUAAUUAUUCUUUACUGUAUUUGCUAUUCUGAGCCUAUGAUGCCAAAAUAAGAAAUUUUUGUUCUGAUUUGGGGGUAGAGGGGGUAUUUUCCAAGAGACAAUAGAAUAUUGAUUUUUUUGUUGUUGUUAGACAAAAGAUAAUAUUGUAUCCAAUAAACUAGAAAAACACCAAUUUAGGGUCCAGGAAAGGCCCUGGUAAAUUUAUACUUAGUUUCAAAAUUAAUUGGAGAGGAAAAGUUUUGGUAAUAGAAAAAAAAUUGACAAGAUAGAGUAUGAAGGAGUUUUAAGAAUUUACAGAUAAAGGAAGUCUUUUAAGUUUUCCUUAAAGGAAACUCAUUUUAAGUAUUUAAAGCAGUGAGAAAGUAAGAGGAGAUAGCAUUUAUGUGAUACGUACCUAUGGCUAGUUAGACACUGAAGUCGGCACUUCAGUCUGCAUUGCGGUAUUUAGUCCGAAUGACUACAUUUUAUUACUCCUGUUUUUAUAGAUGAGGUAACUUAUAUUAAGCUACUUGCCCAAGAUCAUCACCACAAAUGAGUCACGGAGAUAGAAUUCAAACAUAGAAGUGUACCACUUGCUAAACCAUUUUCAUUUCACGACAUGCUGAAUAUUUGCUUCAGGAAUUUAUGGGUGCAUAACUAAUCGUAUAAAUAUUUGCCAAAUGAAUCAGAAUUCAUAUAGUUAAGCACCGCUUAAUGUCCACUAUAUGUUCUGUGAGAGGACAUUAAUGUGAUGUGGACAUUGUGCAAACACUGUAUUACAUAUACAGGAGACGUGAGAUACAUGCAUUAUGUGCAAGAAGCUGUUAACAUUUGCUACGUCCAGUUAUGUCCAGUGUGUCCUGUUCUCCAAUUGGAAUUUUCAAACUCUAUUAUAACCUUAUGGGACCAUGGAUGUAUAUGUUGUCGAAUGUUAUUUGAAUGGACAACGUUACAGCGUAUGGCUGUAAUGGCAUGAGGACUUUGUCCUAGUCACAGCGGUUAAGGGCUCGGCUGCUAACCAAAAGGUCAGGAGUUCAGAUCCAUCAGCUGCUCUUUGGAAACCCUGUAGGGCAGUCCUACUCUGUCCUGUAGGGUCGCUAUGAGUUAGAAUUGACGACAACAGGUUUGGUUUGUUGGUUUAUUUACCUUUUCCAGUAUUUAGCAAAUUAAAUCUAUAAAAUGGAAACUGGAUUUCAGUCAACUUCUUGUAUACCUUCUAUGAGUAAGGUGUUGCUUAAGUGGUACCAAUUCUAACCUAUUCAGUAGCUUUCUGAUAAUUUCAAGCAGAUAUUUCUCAUAAUAUUUUGUCCAGCUUUUCUGUUUGUUCUCAGUGGGAGGGUUGGAUCUAAACAACCUAACUUGAUUUUGCUAUAAGUGAAAUGUACUUCGUUUAAAUGCUUUUGGUCUUUAAGCACACAGGGAAGACUACAGGAUUUAUGGUUCGAUAGGGAUUUUCAAAUACAAAGUUCUUUGUAGAAACCUUUUAAAAUUCCAGGUAACUUGACUUACAAUAUAAUGUGUCAGAACAAGUAGAACUAUAAAGAAAUUAAGUUUUUGUAUACAGUCAACUCCCAACUCCACAGCCUGCACACCUCUGAGACUUUUGCCUGUUGAUUGGAGCGAAGGAGAGUCACAGGUACUUGGAUGAUUGGUCAUCGUGGCUUUUGCUCUGAAGUAGCCACUCUUCACAGUGCAAGUUGAACUUUCAUGUCCGCAACGUGGUGACUGCCCAUUAUUGUGAAUUCCACUUGCCUCUUAGGCUUCUGUGGAACUAGUGUUACAACUGUCAAUAAUGCCACUAUACCCCAUUGCCUGGCGCAAUUAACCACUUAAUAAUUUUUUUUUUUUUUUUAAGUAAAGGAACUCAAGUCUGACCCCAUAGGCCAUAUUCUUUCUGUAUCAUGCAACAUCAUUGUUUAGUGGAUAGUUUGUUUUAUUUCUUUUAAAUAAAAACACAUUUAAAAUAAAUGUAAUUCUGACUUUGAAGAAUGUUGUUGUUAGGUGCUGUUGAGUCAGUUCCAAUUCAUAGCAACUGUUACGGAUUGAACGUUACGAAUUGAAUUGCAUUCCCUAAAAAUGUGUGUCAAUUUGGCUAGGCCGUGAUUCCCAGUAUUGUGUGAUUGUCCACCAUUUUGGCAUCUGAUAUGAUUUUCCUAUGUAUUGUAAAUCCUACCUCUGUGAUAUUAAUGAGGCAGGAUUAGAGACAGUUAUGUUAAUGAGGCAGGACUCACUCAAUCUACAAGAUUAGGUUGUAUCUUAAGUCAGUUUCUUUUGAGAUAUAAAAGAAGCGAGAAGAGAGUUAGGGGGACCUCCUACCACCAAGAAAGCAGAGCCGUGAUCAGAGAGCAUCCUUUGGACCUAGGGUCCCUGUGCUGCGAAUCUUCUAGACCAGGGGACGAUUGAUGACAGGGACCUUUCCCCAGACCCAACACGGAGAGAAAGCCUUCCUCUGGAGCUGGCACCCUGAUUUUGGACUUCUGGGCUCCUAGAUGGUAAGAGAAUAAGUUUCUGGUUGUUAAAGCCAUCCCCUUGUGGUAUUUCUGUCAUAGAAGCACUAGAUAACUAAGACAGCUACCCUGUGUACCACAGAACAAAACUGCCCAAUCCCGUGCCAUCCUCAAAAUCAUUGCUGUGUUUGAGCCUGUUGUUGCAGCCACUGUGUGAGUCCCUCUCAUUGAGGGUCUUCCUCUACAAAGCAUGAUGUUCAUUUCCAGGGAGUGGUCCCUCAUGAUAAAUGUCCAAAGUACUUGAAACAAAGUCUCACCAUCCUCGCUUCUAAGGAGCAUUCUGGCUGUACUUCUUCCAAGCCAAAUUUGUUUUUCUUCUACUAUAUUCAGUAUUCUUUGCCAAUCCUGUAAUUCAAAGGCAUCAAUUCUUCGAUCUUCCUUAUUCACUGUGCAGCUUUCACAUGAAUAUGAGGCGAUUGAAAAUACCAUGGCUUGGGUCAGGUGCACCAUAGUCUUCAAAGUGACAUCUUUGCUUUUUAACACUUUAAAGAUGUCUUUUGCAGCAGAUUUGCCCAAUGCAGUACAUCAUUUGAUUUCUUGACUGUUGCUUCCAUGGGCAGCAGUCAAGAAAUCCUUGACAAUUUCAAUCUUUUCUCUGUUUAUCAUGUUGCUUAUUGGUCCAGUUGUGAGGAUUUUUGUUGCCUUUGUUAAAGAGUAAUCCCUACUGAAGGCUGUAGUCUUUGGUCUUCAUCAGUAAGUGCUUCAAAUCCUCUUCACUUUCAGCAAGCAAGGUUGUGUCAUCUGCAUAUCACAGGUUGUUAAUGAUCUUAUUCCAAUCCUGACCCUGCAUUUUUCUUCAUAUACUCCAGCUCCUCGCAUUUUUUUCUAAGCAUACAGAUUGAAUAAAUAUGGUGAAAGGAUACAAUGCAAGUGCACACCUUUUCUGAUUUUUAAACCACACAGUAUCCCAUUGUUCUACUCGAACAACUGCCUCUUGGCCUAUUUACAGGCUCUGCACGAGCACAAUUAAGUGUUCUGGAAUUCCCAUUCUUCGCAAUGUUACCUGUAAUUUGUUAUGAUCCACACAGUCAAAUGCCUUUACAUAGUCAAUGAAACACAGGUAAGCAUCUUUUUGGUUUUCUCUGCUUUCAGCCAACGUCCAUCUGACAUCAGCAGUGACAGCCCUCGUUCCAUGUCUUCUUCGGAAUCCAGCUGGAAUUCCUGCUGAUGUACUGCAGCAACUGUUUCUGGGUUUUCUUCAGUACCAUCAGUUCUUGAUCUUAUGCUAUCUCCUGAAAUGGCUGAACAUCAACCAGUUCUUUUUGGUACAGUGACUCUGUGUAUUCCUUACAUUUUCUUUUGAUGCUUCCUACAUCAUUUAACAUUUUCCCUGUAGAAUCCCUCAGUAUUGGCAGCUCGAGGCUUGAAUUUUCGGUUAUUUCAGCUUGAGAAAUUCCAAGCAUGUUCUUCCCUUUGUUUUCUAACUUUAGGUCUUUGCACAUUUCAUAAUAAUACUUUGUCUUCUCCAGCCGCUCUUUGAAAUCUUCUGUUUAGCUCUUUUACUUCAUCAUUUUUUUCCUUUUGCUUUAGCUACUCUGUGCUCAAGAGCAAGUUUCAGAGUCUCUUCUGAGAUUCAUUUUGGUCCUUUCUUCCUUUCCUGUCUUUGUAAUGACUUCUUGCUUUCUUCAUGUAUGAUGUCCUUGAUGUCAUUCCACAACCUCUCUGGUCUUUGGUCAUUAGUGUUAAAUGAGUCAAACCUAUUCUUGAGAUGGCCUCUAAAUUCGGGUGAAAUAUACGCGAGGCCAUACUUUGGCUCUUGUGGACUGUUCUAAUUCUUUAGCUUCAAUUUGUAUAUGAGCAAUUGAUGGUCUGUUGCACAGUUGACUGCUUUGAAGGGUUCAAGACUUCAGUGGAGGAAAUAACUACGGAUGGGUGGAAAUGGCAAGAGACCUAGAAUUAGAAGUGAAGCCUGAAGAUGUGACUGAAUUGCUAUAAUCUCGUGCUAAAACUGUAAUGGAUGAGGAGUUGCUUCUUGUGGAUGAGCGCAAAAAGUGGUUUCUUGAGAUGGAAACUACUGGUGAAGAUGCUAUGAACACUGUUAAAAAGAAAACAAAGAAUUUAGAAUAUUACAUAAACUUAGUUGAUAAAGCAGUGGCAGGGUUUGAGAAAAUUGACUCCAAUUUUGAAAGAAGUUCUCCUGUGGGUAAAAUGCUAUCAAAUAGCAUCGCAUGCUACAGAGAACUCUUUCGUUAAAGAGGCAAUUGAUGCAGCAAAUUUCAUUGUCUUAUUUUAAGAAAUUGCCACACCAACACACCCUUCAGCAACCACCACCCUGGUCAGCAGCCAUCAACAUCGAGGCAAGAUCUUCCGCCAGCCAAAGAUUGUGACUUGCUGAAGGCAAGUUAGCAAUUUUUAGCAAUAAAAUAUUUUUAAUUAUGGUAUGUACAUUUUUUUUUAGACAAUGCUACUGCACACUUAAUAGACUACAGUAUAGUGUAAACAUAACUUUUUUUGCCCUGGGAAACAAAAAAAUUCAUGUAACUUGCUUUCUCGUGAUAUUUGCUGUAUUGUGGUCGUCUGGAACCAAACCUCAAUAUCUCCUGUUGUGGUGACACAGUGGCUAAAGCGCUCAACUGCUAACCCAAAAGGUCAGUGGUUUGAAACCACCAGUGGCUUCGUGUGAGAAAGAUGUGGCAGUCUACUUCCAUAAAGAUUUAUGGCCUUGGAAACCCUAUGGGGUUAUUACGAGUCAGAACUGACUUGACAGCAGUGGGUUUGGUUUGGAACUGAACCCAGAAUCUCCAUUAUUAAAAUACAGGUGGUAAGACCCAACGCACAAGACUGUUGUGGGAAAUAAAAGGUGCAAAACCCACACUCAGUUCCUGAGAACAUAUGUGUUAUGAACUUAUACCCACACUGUUUCCUGAUGUUUAAAAAUAGGAAUUUUUCAUGAAAUGUAACCCCUAAAAGCUAGCUAUCUACUUAAAUUUAUCUGCUUCAGUGCUGGAGAAUGAACUGUUUUUGGACUUACCAUAAGGCAUGUCAAUCUCCAAUAUAGGCUUUCUUAAUAACGAUGCGGGGUUUUUUCAAGGGUAGUUUUGACUAUACAGGCAUUUCUGUUAUAAUCUGAUAUAUGCAUUCCUAAAAGCCCUUUCUAUAAAAUUGUGUUCUAGAAAUGACAGGACUUACGGGAAGAGAUAGGACUGGUGACAGACUAUUCAAAACCUAUGCAACUUUGAAAUGAGAACAUUAACAAGACCAAUAAAGCCUCAAUUAAAAUAUUCCCACAAUUUUAAAAAACAUGUUCCUAAUAAGUAGAAAAAUAAAAGAGAACUUUAACAGGAGAAAAAAGGUGAAGGUAGCUGGAUGGAAAGGGAGAGCAGUAAUAAAAGACUGAGGGUGUUGAGCUUUGGAAAAAGGACAAAUGACAGAAUGAUCAAGGACAACUGUGCGCCUCCAAGACGGAGCAGGGGUUCCAUUUAAGCCAAGAACGUGGGUUGAAUGGGCAAGGUGUGUAGUAUGUCAGGGCUUCCUGUGCUCAUCUGUGUUUGUGAUUUUGCAUUUAGGUGUUAAUACUUUGUUGCAGAAACCAGUGGGACUGCUAGGUUUUACAGACAAUAUGUACCAAUUGUAUAUAAGCUAAUUGUUACAGAAAGAGCCCUUGGGUGGUGCAAACAGUUAAGUGAUCAACUACUAGCCCAAAAGGUUGGUGGUUCAAACCCACCCAGGGGCUUCUCAGAAAACAGGCCUAGGGAUCCUCUUCAAAAAAGGACACAGCCUUGAAAACCCUGAGCAGCUCUCCUCUGUACACAUGGGACCACCAUGAGUUGGAAUCAACUUGAGAGCAACUAAUAACAACUGUUAGAGAAAUGUGGGUUGUAGCGGAAGACUGAAGCUGAUAUUUGCCUUAUUCAUUACCUUUGGAAACUAAUUGCCAUUAUAUAUACAAAAGCACUUCGUAAACCAUCAUUAAAAAAAAAAACAAAACCAAACCCAUUGCCAUCGAGUUGAUUCUGACUCAUAGUGACCUUAUAGGACAAAGUAGGACUGCCUCUUAGGGUUCCCAGGGAGCAACUGGUAGAUUUGAACUGCCAGCCUUUUGGUUAGUAGCUGAGGUCUUAACUACUGCACCACCAAGGAUCCACAAACCAUCAUAGACAAAGUCAAAUGCCACAGGGGUCAGACAAGCAAGAAGAGUGAGUGACCUGGGAAGGGCAGAGGCUGCUGCGCUGGAGAAGGUACAGCCCAGCCUCAGGGGCCAGGUACUCUCUGUUUCAGUUGAUGGUUGCCCCAUAGGAUUGUGGACCUGGUGUGGUGAGAUCAACUGAUAUUUUCAAGGGAAUGGAGAUGCAUGGAUUUUUAUAUGAAAUUGCUUAAUUCUUAAAACUCUGACUGCAGAAAAUAUGACAGAGUUGGGAUUCAGUCAUCGAGAUCCCAGUUUUGCCCUGUUAGGGUAUAAUGAACUGUGCAAAUCUACAUGUCUGUUCCCCAGAGAGCUUUACAAUGAGGAGAGUUCUGUGAUGGCUAGAUGUGGCCUCAGCUGUGGGUUUGUGCCAACUGAACUCAAGAUCUGGUCUCAGGAAGCUACAUAGUGUACGUUCCAGAUGCUGAGAUCAGGGUUAAAUUCAGUUGUCUGACACUUAGAUUACUCCAUCGUUCCCGUUUAUUUUCCUAUAAUUGGGCUUUCCAUGCUUUCCCCUAAUAAUGUAAAGGCGAGUCUCUUUCUGCCUUUGCAGAGUUGGUAUAUCCAGAAUAAGCUCCAGCACUUCACGAAAAAUGAGAACAUAAUGCAACAGCCUGAAACUCUUCCUGUAACUUUUCUCCUUAUCGCUGCUUCGUUCAACACUAAAACAACUGGCAGGAAAAAAAGUCCAAGUGUUUCUAACAAACACGGCUAAUUGGAUUCUUAAGUCUCUUCUGUAACAUAAAAACUGAAGUAGUUUCAAAGCUAAAACACCAGUUAACAACAGGGCUUGUCAUGGAAAGAACACUUUACAAGCAAACCUUAAUACCACAUUUGUAGAUUAGUAGAUUUGCGUAAUGGUUUGUUGGCAAGCCGGGUCUUUUUCCCCGUUUCUUUUGCCUGUGCUAAACACUCUAAAAGGCUCUAAGCAAGUAUCCUAGUCAGCAGGAACUUGGCAACUAGUAUCUCCUUCCUGGAACCCCUGAGCCUUGCUUCUGCCUCAAGACAGUGAGCCAGCCAGCCACCCAGGCGACGCUUUAUGAACCUGACGCCAUGAAAAGGACAGUAAAUUAGGGGGAGCUGGGAUUCAUCUGUCUCUUGCAGAACACCCCAUUUUGAGUAUAUGAAAUGUGUAUUGCCAGCAGGAGUUUCUGAGACAAGAUGUUGAGGUGGUGUCUGCUUAUACAAUUUUAUUAUUUUUUCAGCUGACUUGGCCCCACUGAAGAUAUAGGAGGUGAGAGGGAAAGAAUGAUUAAAUUGCCUGGUAGUCAAAAUACACUUUUUCCUUGCUUCUUAGUUUGAAACCAAGGAAUAGUAGACAAAUAUUUCCAUGAAGUAAUAAUUGCCCCUUGAAUAAGCAUCCAUUCAUUAAAAAAAAUCAGUCUAUGCCAAAUGAAAGUGAAAAUGUGUACAGAAUCGUGGUGGAAAGUAUAGAUAAUCCAGCAUGAAAUCAGAGACAAUUAACUGGGUUUUCUGAGUUUACACUGUUGCUUCAGGAAGAUAAAGUCUCCUUUGUCAUGUUGUUGUGUGCCAUCAAGUUGAUUCAGACCCAUAGUGACACUAUAUGACAGAGAAGCGCACUAUAGGGUUUCCUAUAGGAACAGAUUGACGGCCAGGCCUUUUCUCCUGGGGAGGCACUGGUGGGUUUGAACCGCCUACCUUUCAGGUAGCAGCCAGCGCUUACGUAUCAGAUGGAUGAUAACCAAAACCAAACCAAGCCCACUGCCACUGAGUCGAUUCUGACUCACAGCAAUCCUAUAGGACAAGUAGAACUGUCCCAUAGGGUUCCAAGGAGAAACUGGUGGAUUUGAACUGCCGACCUUUUGGUUAGCAGCCAAGCUCUUAACCACUGUGCCACCAGGGCUCCAUCAGAUGGAUAGAUAGAUAAAACUCCAUUCACCGAGGGCCUGCUCCAUGCCAGGCGCUACUUUACACACAUUAUUUAAUCCUCACUUUGCACGGAAGGUACUCCAUUUUACAAAUGAAAAAACUGAAGCUCAAAAUGGUCACUAACUGGUGUAAGGUCGCACAACUACUAAGAGGUGGCACUAAGACUCAAACCCUGUCUUAUAAGAUGCUGAAUUUCGUGUUCUUUCCACGAUGCCUCCAAAAUGCAUUUGGACAGGCGAGAUAUAGAUAAAAUGAAGCUGAGCUUUAUAGGUAGAUAGCUAGUCUGUGUGUGCCGCUACAUACAUGCUGGGCAACUCUGGGGCAUAUGACAAGAAGAAUAAGUCAGGAGUUUGGCUUUGGAAGGAGGUCAAAGGGGAGAUAAGCACAUAAACAAAUGAUAGCAAGACUCCUGUGCAAAGCACUGUCGUUGAAGCAGAGGGGUCUGAGUGAGAAGCCUUAGGAGGAUGGGAGAUACUUGCUAGAGAAGAUGACAUCCGAAGGUCUCGAAGGAUGGCCAGGGAUCUCCAGUGUUCUGCAUGGGGAGCACAGCACAUGCUAACGCAGGAAGAUGGCUGCACGGGUGCUCAGAGAAGCACAAUAUGUUCUGUGUCAGGAGAAAUAGGAUCAAAGAUCCUAAGGGCUGGGUUGGGGCCAUUCAUGUUAUAAUGGAAUUUUUUCAUGAGGCCACUAAAACCAAAACCAAACCCAUUGCUGUGAAGUCGAUUCCGACUUAACAGCGACCCUCUAGGACACAGAGUAGAGCUGCCCCAUAGGGCUUCCAAGGCUGUAAGUCUUUUUGGAAGCAGACUGUCAUAUCUUUCUCCUACAGAGUGGCUGGUGGGUUUGAAUCAGUUAGUAGCUGAGAGCUUAACCAUCGCACCACCAGUGUUCCUCGUAAGACUGCUAGUUACUAAAAAUGGUUUUUAGAAAAAGUUGCAAAUAGCAGUGUAAAAGAAGAGUUGGCAGUAGAGAGAAAAUCCAACUAGGAAGAUGUAAAAACAAUCCCAGUGGGAAAUGAUCAAGGUCUGGAAUAAAGCAAUGGUGUCCAGGACAGAGCCCUGGUGAUGCAGUGCUUAAGCGCUUGGCUGCUAACUGAAAGGUCAGCGGUUGGAACCCACCAGCCACUCUGCCAGACAAAGAUGUGGCAGUCUGCUUUGUAAAAGGUUUACAGCCUCGGAAACCUUAUAGGGCAGUUCUACUGUGUCCUAUCGGGUCGUUAUGGGUUGGAAUCGACUCGAUGGCAGUGAGUUUUUUGUUUUUGGGUCCAGGACAGAUGAAUGGGAGAAAUCACAUAACUUGGUGGUAAUGCCAGCUGAGAGAGAAGGAAUCGAGGCUGACCCUUCGGUCUCUGCUCUGGAGACCAAGUGGAUACCGUACAUGGAGGUGGUGCUGCAGGUGGAGGAACAGUUUUGAUGGGGAGAAAGGCUUUGGGCUGCAUAUGUAUAUAUGUAGGAUACUUAAAACCAGUUACUGUUGAAUUGAUUCUGACUCAUGGUGACCCCAUGUAUGUCAGAGUAGAACUGUGCUCCACAGGGUUUUCAAUGGCUGAUUUUUCUAAACUGCCAAGCCUUUGCUCCAAGGUGCCUCUGGAUGAACUCCAACCUGCAAUUUUUCAGUGAGCAACCCAUGUGCACUAACCAUGUGCACUGCCCCAUAGGGUUUCCAAGGAGCGGCUGGUGGAUUUGAACUGCUGACCUUUUGGUUAGCAGGUGUAGCUUUUAACAACUGUGCCACCAGGGCUCCAUAUAGGAUACUGCGGCAGGUGAUAUCUUUGGUCCUUUGCCGGCUUGAAGCGAACUCAGCACGUACUCUCUUCUUGUGAUGACAUGACAGUACUGCCUCAUUAUCCCAUGGUUUCCCAGAGCCAAGGGGAAUUGUGUGAUUUUUGGAGCACGUCUGAAUUACCUGAGGCAGCAUUGAAAAACCAGCUGCCACCAUAGACAGGUUCCCAGACAUACAAAGUAGAAAAACUGUCCUCAUUGCUAGAAGAGAAGCAAACCCUAGAAAGCAUUUAAGAACCCUUAUCUUGUAGGCCCUAGGAAACCAGCUGGGCUUUGCCUUCCAAAUUACAAGUGGACUCCAGAUUCUGGCCUCCCAACUUCUUCAUUUUCUUUCUUCCCUGUAAUUCUGGGAUACCAAAACCAAAAACCAAACCCACUGCCGUCGAGUGGAUUCCAACUCAUAGCGACCCUAUAGAACAGAGUAGAACUGCCCCAUAGAGUUUCCAAGGAGCGCCCAGCAGAUUUGAACUGCUGACCUCCUGGUUAGCAGCCAUAGCACUUAACCACUAUGCCACAGGGUAAAUUAACCAGCAGCCAUCAGUGUCAGAGUGGAACUGUGCUCCACCGGGUUACCAAUGGCUGAUUUUUUGGUAGUUCCUCGACAGACCUUUCUUCCAAGACCUCUCUGCGUGGACUCAAAUCUCCAGCCUUUUGGUUAGCAGCUGAGUGAGUUAACCAUUUGCACCAGCCAGGGACUCCAUAGGGUAAAUUAGGUAAGUUAGGUAGAAUGAAUGAAUUUAGCUUUAAGACGACAAUAUGUAGCCGCAGACUCCUUCCUGGCCACUAGAGGGCACCAGUUACACACAAAAUGUCCAGGUUUCAAAGCCGGCAGCGCUUUCCCCCCACAAACAUUCUUUAAAUACAUCAAAAUGAAAUGGAAAUGGCUUGUAAUAAAGUGGCUUCCCACUGCCUCUGUCCUCAUUAACCCCCUAUCUGCUAGUGAGUAAAAAGAACAUGCUACAUUGGACUUUACAGUGUUUUCAAGUUUUACUUUUAGCUCAGAAAUCUAAUAAAUCAGGGAUAUGAAGAACAAAUGUUUAACACAAGAGUACAAGACUGUACAUUAUCUUUGCUACCAUUUAUCUUGCUCUUACCGUGUGCCAGGUAAUGUGUAAAACAUAUAUGAAUUUUGCACAUGGUUUUCUAUCAGAUCCUGCAACAUGUGAAAAUGGCUGUUGUUGGCAGGAAGCUUCCCCUAGCUAGCAAUACUCUGAGAUAAAAUUCACCACUCACUGUAUAGUUAUGUCUCCUAUAAAACCUACAGUUAAGUUCCUCUGUUGAAAGUUUAGAAAGAAAAACUGCUCAGAAGUUUAGUUUAUAUAACCCUGUGUGGUGCAAAUGGUUACUAUUAACAGAAAAAUAGGCAGUUUGAACCCACCUAGAGGCACCUUUGAAGUAAGGCAAUCUACUUCCUAAAGAUCACACCCUUCAAAACCCUACGGACAGCAGUUCUACUCUGCAACACAUGGGGUCACCAUGAGUCGCACUUGACUAGAUG